GCAUGGACUUGGAGGUAUUCAACUAUCCAAAGUCAUCGAUCUCAAGACCUGCACGUUUGAAACGACCAGUGCCCCUCCUUCCACAUGGAGUACGGAUGAUUAGAAUCCAGUUCCUGGCACGUCUGUCUGCUCUAGGUUUGCAGAUGAGACACAAGACCUUAUGAUCAUCGUCAAUACACCAGGCGAUGACUUCCGCACAUCCGAUUUCAUGUACCAAGUAGAUUUUCGCGCGCUCUCCACCGGCGAGGACCAUCCUUUGGCCGUGGAUUCCACUUAGUCACUCGUAAAGCCACUUUCGAUGAAACUUUGCAAUCAAUAUAUGCGACGGUCACUGUCCUUGGAGAUCGCAUUGCUUUCAAUGUUACCAUGACCGAAGACUCGAACUACCAAAGGACUUACCUAUACUGGUUGCUGCAUGUAUGGAAUUGGCAUCAAGGCGGACCUAUUGUAGGUCCCAUUCUGUCUAUCAUUCAAAAGUUUGAUGUGAACGCUUCGAAAGGACAUUCGAUGUUUGUCACAUCUGCUCGUCUGUUCUUCACGGACAUCCCUCGGACAUGGUUUGAUGCGACCUCAGAAAAUGGCCGAACUGUUCCAUGGUUAUCAUGGGGUCCACAGAAUUUUCGCUACUUCCCGGGAGACACCCCGCCCCACGUUAUAAUUCAUCGUUCCGGAUGCAUAUGGCCAACUUCAAUCCCUCCGCCGUGGCAUGGCCUUGGCAAGGUAGUUCGGGAACCUAUGACUUUUCACGCAUCAAUAUACGGCUUCACGCAGGAUGUGACCUACCUCCCUUACGUGGAGGUGGUCCGCACACGCGAUCUCGAUGAUAUCAUACUGGACGAGGAUAGGGUGUUGCUAUUCACCCGACCGAACACCGAGACUGUGAGUCUAUUUCUACUUGUCGAGCCAACGAAGUUGAUGAUCUCUUUGAACAGGAGUACAUAG